CUCGCUUAUGAAGAUUUGGUUUCAAGUCCUUGGUCAAAUUUGGGCGAGUGGGAAGGUUCUGUCACCAUGCAAGGGUCUCUACUUGUGCUUCUUUUGGGUUUUAGGUAUGGCCUUGUUCUUGCGGUUACCACCGUUGAAUCAUUCCUGAACAUUCCGGUCAAGUUGGGUUUUGAAGUGGAAUCAAGCUACGCUUUUAGGAACCAAUCGAUCGAUAAUAUGUUAGAUCCAGCCAUCAGCUGCGGUGUGAUAUGCAAGUGGUCUGAUUGCUCCAUCUUCGUCAUUUUGGACCGCAGUUGUUCUUUGUACAAUCGGCUUAUUGUUCGGAAAUCGGUGGAUCCAUUUUCAAACUUGAAGGCUUACUACAAAAGGGAUUCUGGGCAACAUGUCACAUCUGUGGAGGCCAUUUUGUUCCGUCAAGAUGUGUCCCGGGCGAGUCUACUCUGGCCUAAGAAUGUUAUUUCCUUACACAAAGAUGAUCCAAAAGCAGAAUUAUAUGCCAAAUUGGAUGACAUUGAGGACUAUCGUUCCACCGAUGGACAACUUCAUUUGAAAAUGUGUCACCCAGGCACAUUCCCCUCCUGCUUUCGAUGGAGCCAAACUGACAACCCUUUGAUGGUAACUGGAAGCUCACGACCAAAAGGAUUUGUCUACAAAGAAGGUCCGCUGGCCAUCCACCCCGGAUUCUUCGGAUUAUCUCAGAGCACUCCAGAUAAAGCUUUAUUGGAUGGGGAUUUGACCAAUUCGUACUCUUGGUUUUUGGGAAUCGGCACCUACGAGAUGAGUGGCAUUGAACAGAAAAUCCCAGCCUCCAGGGAUCCAGAAAUUUCCGCUCCAGUAGUGGAAUUAUAUGUGGAAUUGUUUUGAGGUGUUGCAUACCCAACUAUUGCAUCACAUGAUCAUUUGUGACUAUAUCCAUGAACCAAAGGUUUCAUUCGAUUCUCAAGUAAA